AUGACAGAAAUGAUCGAUCUGAAUGAAACCACAGGGUGCCAGGUGACUGAGUUCAUUCUCAUGGGCAUCACAAAUUAUCCUGAGCUUCAGGGCCCCCUCUUUGUAGUGUUUUUCCUCAACUACAUGGUCACAGUUGUGGGAAACCUGGGCCUGAUUAUCCUAACAAGUGUGGAUGCCCACAUCAACACCCCUAUGUACUUUUUUCUCAGGCAUCUGGCAUUUGUUGAUCUUGGCUAUUCCACAGCUAUUGGGCCAAAAAUGCUGGUUAGUUUCAUAGAAGAGAAAAAUAUUAUUUCCUAUAAUGGAUGUAUGAUGCAGCUAUUUUUCUUUGGGGUAUUUGUUGCCAGUGAACUUUUUAUCCUGUCAGUCAUGGCCUAUGACCGCUAUGUAGCUAUCUGUAAGCCCCUCCUCUACAUGGUCAUCAUGUCAGACAGGGUAUGCUGGAUCUUGGUGGUCAUCUCAUACCUUUAUGGCAUCAUGGUAUGUCUAGUGGUCAUAACUGAGACUUUUACAUCAUCUUUCUGUGAAUCAAAUAUAAUAAAACAUUUCUACUGUGACAGUCUCCCCCUACUGUCCAUUGCAUGCUCAGACACAAGUGAGGCUGAACUAAUAAUUAUGACUUUUGCUGCAUUUAGUUUGGUUUCUUCCCUCUUGAUUGUCCUUUUUUCCUACAUGCUCAUUCUUGUGGCCAUCCUCAGGAUGAACUCUGCUGAGGGCAGGUACAAAGCCUUCUCCACCUGUGGCUCUCAUCUCACGGGAGUGGUUAUAUUCUAUGGGACACUUCUCUUCAUGUACCUGCAGCCCCAAUCUAGCCAUUCCUUUGACACAGACAAGAUGGCCUCCGUCUUUUAUACUCUCAUCAUCCCCAUGCUCAACCCUUUGAUCUACAGUUUGAGGAACAAAGAGGUGAAAGGCGCCUUAAGGAGACUCUUUAAAAAAUCAUGUAAACUUUUUCUUUAA